AUGUCUUCCAGCACGUCUUCCGAGCAGCACCACUUUGUGGUUUUUUUACCGUACAGUGUCAAGUCACAACCUAAAUCCUUUCCCGUACUCGAGAAUGCGUUGGUGCAGGACCUGGAAGAUGCAAUUCGUAACAAUCAGAAUUACAAGCGUUUCCUGGAGAACGAGGAGCUAUUUCUUUAUAAGUGCAAUAACCUGGACUUGGAUCCAUCCGGGACACUCUAUCGACGUGCAUUAGAGUGGCUUUGCGGAAAUGCAGAUAGCAUGAUGAACUCUGUGCAUCGCCUCUCAAAGUAUUUCACCAAUGGCCCCGCACCUGAAAAGGACGAGAAGGUAGAUGUCAUUGCUGUGACUGAAUCCAUUUUGGAAAAUCUCGACAAGGUACCCGACCUCGCAGAUAGCCGUGCUUUCAAGAUGACCGAAGAACGCCGAGCGCGUCCGAUUAGCAAAAUCCGCCGUCUUCCAUCCCCGUCUGAGGGUAUCCGCGAUGAGGCUGGAAUAAAACAAAGCACUGAUGAGAACCGCGGCGUGCAUGCUCAUCGUCCGGCUUCCAAUUACGGACCACCAACGGCACUCUUCAACCAUGCCCUCGCCAGGCUUAAACACCGCCUGCAGCAUCUUGAUGAACAAGCAGAGUUGGAGCCGCCCCCUAAUAUGCUCUUCACUUGCCACCAGUUCAUUCUCACAUCUUGUGACGUACACAAUAGUGAAAACGACCGAGAACUUGCUUUGACAGGGUUCCUCAAUGUGUUGGUUGGUGCCGAUAUGUCGCCAAAAUUAAAGACCGAAUCUGGCACAGCACAGCCAGAUGCUAUUUGGGGCGAUCCAGUCCGUAUU